CAGCAUAUAGUGUAGUGCCUACAAAUUCCACCAACACCAACCAACGAGCAACAAGUCGUGAUGACUGGGUGGUUCUUGGGUUCCGCGGCUGAGGUUGUCGCGGUGCUGUGGCCUGCAUAUGCUUCCUUCAAAGCCAUCCAAACCCGCAACAACGAUGAAUACAUGCGAUGGAUGAAGUACUGGGUUUGCUACGCCGUGUCCUUUGCCGUGUUUGCAGUCGCAGACAUCCUUCUUUCUUGGGUGCCGUUUUAUUAUGUGGGAAAGACAGUGUGUUUGUUGGCGCUCGUCUUCAGCAAAGAGGCGGCCGACAGUGCGUACACGCGCGUGAUCCACCCCACCUUGGUUGCCGGUGAACCAGAGAUUGACUCCCUCGUCAACGAACUCAGACAGGGUGUACUGCAGUGCUUGAGACGGUGGUCCACGACAGCCAUGCACAAGGGGCACUCAGCUUUCGUGUCCAUCAUGGCCUCUCUUACCCAGCCUGCACCCUCAGCAACAGCCACACCCACAGCACCGCCACCAUCAUCAUCAUCGUCGCAGCGCACCCGUCGCCGUCAACAACAACAACAGCCGGACCGCCGAGGACGAGGACGUGGAGGGGGAUGGGCUGACUCUUCAGCUGAUUCUGUCGUGCACGCCAGCGACGAUGUUGAUGUUCCCCACGCGCGGCACAGGUCGCAUACCACCACCGGCCGCUACUGACUGCCGCGAUGCAACGCACCUGAUGUGACCCGUCUCUUUCUUGUCCGGACUUGUUAUCAUGCCGUUGUGCCUUCAUCCUAUUGUCACGGGAUGUCUCCCUGUCUCUGGCUUGACUUAAUCAUCAGUUUAUCGUGGUGCCUGUAACGUAAACGAACCCGCUUGC